AUGGAGAAAGAAGAGUGUUCAAUUUGCUUUUUCUAGUAUGACAAGCAUCACAAAGUGCCUCGAAUUCUGAGAUGCGGACACACAUUCUGCCAGACUUGUUUAGACGAGAUUAAACUACCUUCAAAGCAUUCAAUCACUUGCCCCAACUGCCGUCUGCAAACAGAAAAUGUGAUCUGCACUAAAAACUUACCAGAAAAUGAUGGCGUUUUCAAUCCCUCACUCAGAGUCAUUGGUGUCAAUCUAAACUCGCCAUACGAAUCAGCCAAGAGGCUUAUGCAGGAAUGCGAAGCACUGCAGUCCACCUCUAGCAAGUUCAUGCAGUAUAUCAAUAAACUCGAACAGCUUGACAAUGAAUCAGAGAAGAUAAUAAUGGAUAAUUUUGAGAAGGAAUAUCAAAAGGUGGAAGGCGUGGCUUAAAUCAUGAUCCAGAUGAUCAACGACUACAAAGAUAAACUAUAGAAGCAGUUGACAGACUCCAUGGUUGUAGAAAGAAACAAGCUGAACUAGCAUAUCAAGGAGAUUAAUCUGAAGAGAAUCGAGAUAACUGAUAUCAAAUCUGGAGUGGAAGAGGUAGCCAUUGAGCUAAGCAGCAUUAAGGAAAACGAGUAGGAGUAUCUCAGACUGCAGAAGGAGUACUACAGACGAAUGCAGGAAUUGGAGGAAGAGCAAAACUAGAUGCAAGAGCUAACAUAGAAAGGGCAAGUAGAGAAAAUGAAGAAGGGCUGUGGUAGUGACAGUGGAAGCAGUUGCGGUAUAGGUGGAAUGAAUUCUACUGCUAAUGAGAAGUAAAUGAUAAAGAUCUAGAAUGAAAAAAUCAUUAGCUCUGAUUUCUGUGUAGGCAUGAAUAUUUCCACUCCUCCUGUUUCCUAGCAAGACUUAAAGUUAAUUGGAGGUUAGUCACUGAAUAAUAACCUUGGAAAAGACUUGCUCAUAGAGAUCGACUCGGACACUUGUUCUCAAAAAUCAGAUACAGAUCUGGGGAAAAUAUCAAUGCAGAAUCUGUGUAAUAAUAGCAGCUCCAAUUCAAGCUUGAUGAUAUCAGACAUUAAGAACAUAGAGGCAGGUGAAGUUGAGUCACUUGAAAAAGAGGAUAAAAUCAGAGUGAAUCAGGUUAGGACUCAAUUCUAUUCUAUUAAUGAAAGAUUUGAAUAGCUACUUAAAUUUAAGUCUGUGAGUAAAAUUCAGCUAUGGUAAACAGAGUUGAAUUUGAAUCAGACUUACAAUAUAUUUGCAACAUUCAAGCUGGAAGAGAAAUUUUAUUCAACAGAGGAUAAGAUCAAGGAGUUAGAGGCAUAAAUGGACUUAAAAGACUAUUACGACAUCAAGAGACCGAUAGUGGUAUUUUUCUAUCAGUAAAAUAAGCAGCUUAGAGCAACCAAAAUAGAUCUACUCUGUGAUUAGGUAACUUAAACAAAUGUGAAACUGGUAAACCCUAUGAUUAGUUAAACCCUUAAUCUAAGAAACUGCAAGACUGUAACUCACCCGUCAAAUAAUUCUGUAUACAUUGUGGACGAUGCGCAGCUCUACCAAUAUGAUAACAACAAUGACUUAAUUUUGCAGAAGUAAAUGUUUAAUCAACUUAAGGGUACUGUUCAGCACGCUCUAGCUUACAAUGAAGGAUUUAUAUACUUGGUUGGUGGGUAUGACUCGAAAACGCAUAAGACUUUGAAGCAGUGCUCGAGAUUCAACAUAAUAACAGAGAAAUGGCAAUAAAUGGCACCUAUGCUGUUCGAAAUCAAGGAGGCAAGCGCCUGUGCAAUUAAUGAGUCUUAAAUCGUUGUAGCUGGUGGAGUAAACUCACAACAAAGACUUUCAGAGAUAGUAUAAAUCUAUGACAUUCGUGAAAAUGCUUGGAAGCUGUUUGAAAUCUGUCUGUCAACUCCAAGAAAGCAGGUUACAAUGGUUAGCAGUCAUAUGGACAGAGUCAUUAUAAUUGGUGGAAAAGAGUAUGAUGAAAAUAGUGAAAGCAAGAUAGUCGAGGAAAUAGAUUUCUUAAAGAGAAACAUUGUUAACCUAGCUCCACUGAGAGUUGCUAGAUCUAAUUCAAAUGCCUUUAUGGUUAAUGAUAGCAUUUAUGCUUUCGGAGGAAAUAGCUUGGCCAGCAUGAUCGGAGAGAAGUACACUUUAAGUGAAAAUAAAUGGAGAGAAGUGAAGCCUAAAGACCCCAACGAGAAUCUCCAGAACUGUAGAAUUAUUGGUGGAGCAGCUUUACUGUACGAAUGA